AUGUCGGCCGAUCCUCUUCACGCUCUCGCCAGCGCGGGCAAGGGGGAGAGCACCCGCGGUUUACUGCGCGUGAUCAUCCUCGCGCUCAUUGCUGGCGCCUCAAUUGCUAGUCGACUAUUCUCCGUCAUUCUCGACCCCUGGUUCAACUUCCGCGCUACCAAGUACCUCGUUGCGAACGGCUUCUACAAUUUCUGGGAUUGGUUCGAUGACCGGACAUGGCAUCCUCUCGGUCGUGUCACGGGAGGCACCCUCUACCCGGGCCUCAUGGUAACUAGUGGUGCCAUCUACCACGCCCUCCGAACCCUCACGAUCCCCGUUGAUAUCCGGAAUAUCUGCGUCCUCCUUGCGCCCGCCUUCUCGGGCCUUACCGCCAUCGCCGCCUACCUCCUUACCAAUGAGAUGACCCCCUCGUCCUCGGCUGGUCUCCUGGCUGCGCUGUUCAUGGGCAUUGCCCCUGGCUACAUUUCCCGUUCCGUCGCUGGCAGCUACGACAACGAGGCCAUUGCCAUCUUCCUGCUCGUCUUCACCUUCUACCUCUGGAUCAAGGCGCUGAAGCAAGGAUCCAUGCUGUGGGGUGCCCUCUGCGCCCUCUUCUACGGCUACAUGGUGGCCUCCUGGGGUGGUUACGCCUUCAUCACCUGCCUGCUUCCCCUGCAUUCCUUUGUCCUCAUCUGCAUGGGACGCUACAGCACUCGCCUCUAUGUUGCGUACACGACCUGGUAUGCCCUGGGAACACUCGCCAGCAUGCAGAUUCCCUUCGUUGGUUUCCUGCCAGUCAAGACUAGCGAGCACAUGCCCGCGUUGGGUAUCUUUGGCUUCCUCCAGCUGCUCGCGUUCCUCGACUAUGUCCGUUCCGCCAUCCCCAGCCGCCAGUUCCAGACUUUCCUCUGGCUCUUUGCCGGUGGAACCUUCGGCAUCGGUCUUCUGGGUCUGGUCAUUGCGACCAGCGCCGGUGUUAUUGCUCCGUGGAGCGGCCGCUUCUACUCGCUCUGGGAUACUGGUUACGCCAAGAUCCAUAUCCCCAUCAUCGCCUCCGUGUCGGAACACCAGCCGACCGCGUGGCCGGCCUUUUUCUUCGACCUCAACAUGCUGAUCUGGCUGUUCCCCGUUGGUGUUUACCUUUGCUUCCAGCAACUCGCCGACGAGCACGUCUUCAUUGUCGUCUAUGCUCUGUUCGGUAGCUACUUCGCCGGUGUGAUGGUCCGCCUGAUGCUCACCCUCACCCCCGUGGUCUGUGUUGCCGCCGCCAUUGCCGUGUCGACUCUCCUCGACACCUACCUCAGCACCAAGUCGCCCAAGCCCGAAGAGAGCCAAGCCGCGGAGGGCGCAGAAGGAAAGAAGGGGAAGUCUGGCCUCAAGUCGACAAGCAAGCCUGUGGUGGGCAUUUACUCCAUUUGGGGCAAGAGCAUGAUGGUCAGCGCCCUCGCCGUCUACCUUUUGCUGUUCGUUCUGCACUGCACUUGGGUGACGUCGAAUGCGUACUCCUCCCCGUCGGUUGUCUUGGCCAGCAGGCUGCCCGACGGAAGCCAGCACAUCAUCGACGACUACCGUGAGGCGUACCAGUGGCUGCGCCAGAACACUCGCGAAGAUGCCAAGAUUAUGUCGUGGUGGGAUUACGGUUACCAGAUCGGCGGCAUGGCUGACCGCCCGACGCUUGUCGACAACAACACGUGGAACAACACGCACAUCGCGACCGUGGGCAAGGCCAUGAGCUCGAGCGAGGAGGUCAGCUACCCGAUCAUGCGCCAACAUGAGGUUGACUACGUCCUGGUUGUUUUCGGUGGUCUCCUCGGUUACUCCGGCGACGACAUCAACAAGUUCCUGUGGAUGGUUCGUAUCGCCGAGGGCAUCUGGCCCGAUGAGGUCAGCGAGCGUUCCUUCUCCCCACCGCGUGGCGAGUACCGUGUGGACGGUGAGGCUACUGAGACCAUGAAGAACAGCCUGAUGUACAAGAUGUCUUACUACAACUACAACACCCUUUUCCCUCCCGGAAAGGCUGUGGACCGUGUGCGGGGUGUCCACCUUCCCGACGUUGGUCCCACAGUCAGCACGAUGGAGGAGGCAUUUACCAGUGAGAACUGGAUCAUCCGCAUCUACAAGGUCAAGGACCUGGACAACCUUGGCCGCGACCACAUGUCGGCAGCGGCGUUUGACCGGGGCCAGAAGAAGAAGAAGGCCACCAAGAAGAGGGGCCCGAGGCUCCUCCGGGUGGAAUAA